AGCGAAUGCCCUUUUCGGGAUGCAUGCUGUGGAUGCUUCCCAAAGCGGAUCGUUGGCCCCCAGCGUGACUCUUCCCCUCCCUCUCUCCCUCAUACAACCAUGCCAUCUAUGUCCAUCACCAUCAGAUCCCGAUCUGCCCGUUUGGACCAUGUAAAGCGAGAAAUACGCGAGGACCCCGCGGUGCACGCAACUUCCUAAUUUGAAAGUUCUGGUGGCGGAAGGGGGGACGGGGGCACCCGUGCGUGCGGACCUCGUUCGUUACCUAUUGUCACACCCGCCCUUGACGCAGAAUUUUCAUCAUCCCAACGCGUGAUGAUGGCCGCUCCGAACCCCUCGGUGUCGGUCUUUCACUUCACCUCCCGCAUCUCCACGGCCAAGAUCAAGAAAUACAAGCUGGCCACGGAGAAAGGGAUGGUGUCGGGGAGCCUCAACCGCCCAACAUCCACGCCGACUUCCAACACCUCAAAAUCGGCACAGAAUGAAACCACCACUCCCUCCACCAUGGAGCCCCCGGCGAAACGGCCCAAGCUGAAGCUCAGCGUCCGUCCACCGGCCAGUGCAAGCCCCGACAAUAUCACGGUGGCAAGGCCCAAACGGGACUCUUCCUUACGCAUCCGCUACUCGGAGAACAUGGUCAUCGAUGCCGCCGAUGUGGAUGCCAUGGAUCUGGAUGAAGGCCCUAAGCCGUCUCCCGCUGCUUCCUCGGACCUCUCAUCUCUGCCGUCUGCGGAAAAGGAGCCCACCCCGGCCAAAGUACCGACUCCCGCUCCAGCCAAGCAAGUGCCUACUCAGACGAAACCAGGUGGCUACGGCCGAGACUUCAUGUCGUACUACGUCGACGCCGGGGACGACGAGCCCGAGGAGAAGGAGGAGCUCGCCAAACCAUCCCCGCCACCUCCACCUCCAUCCAAGAAGCCUGCUCCCCCAAAGCAAGCCCCAGUCCCCCACGUGCCCCAGGCAACAAACGGAACUACCCAGUUCGAGAAUCACAUGGGCCCUCCAAGAGUACCACGGGUCAGAUCGGUCUCUUCCAGGUUGCCGUUGGCCCAGCCCACUGUUCAUUUGAUCGACUCCUCGAAAAGAACAUCAUCCAAAGGGCCAUUUAGUGUUGCCCAGAUGGUGGAGAAGCUAAAGUGGCUCUCUUCCGCCUUGAUGGUCUUUGGGGGUGUGCCAGAAGCACCGCAACCUCCGACAGAGGAUGUGCAGGUGCAUUCACCAUCCUCCAGGGAUGACAACGGUACCCCACAACAGUCCAGUGGCGAGCAUGGCGAGAGCAAGAACAUUGACGACUUUCUAGCCAUGUUUGACGAUGAUGAGGAGGAUGAAGAUGACGACGAGCAUGUGGCAGCAAGCGUGAAUGGGGAUGAAGCAGGCAAGAAGCCGAUCGACAAGAACGCAAAGACCCUCAACUAUCUGCUCGAGCAACCCGGAGAGCCCGACGAGGCGUUGAUGUAUGGCAUUCAAUUCAUUCAAAACGCUCUCUUGUCGUGGGCGCAACAGCGCUUGACUACGCAGUACGCCCAACACUACGACCAACAGCGACAAAGGGCCCGUGAAGCCGCGCAGGCGCAGCAGGCACAGAGGCGUGGACCUGGUCGGCCCCGAAGAUACGAUGACGGGGGGGACGACGGUGUCCUGCACAACUUACCACUCAACAUUCAGUUCGACCUCGCAAGGACGCCCGAAGGCGCCGCCAUUGCCGCCUUCCAGGAGGUGCGAGAUUCGGGCUGUCUGCAAGUCAACGCCACGCUGCCCGCGCCUCUCACCCGCGCUCUGAGCCAUCUGUACAUGCAAAUUGACUCUCUGAUCAACCAGGGUGGCCACAACCAGGCACCCUGGCAAUGCAUGUCGUAUGGUGCCCAGAUUGCCGCGCACCAGGCUCAAGUGGAGAAGUGGAAGGAGAACCAUGCCCGCGCGCAAGAGGAGAUGGCGCGCCAACACCAUCUCGCCCAGCAGCAGGUCAUGCAACAGAUGGGCAUCCCCCAGCAUCAUCACCCACGCGAAAAGACCAAAGAGGAAACUCUGCAACAGCGCGCUAUCGCUCUGGAACACAAGCGUAGUAUGCACCACGCUGCUCUGCAGCCCCACCUGAAGAAGUUCCUCACCAACCCCAUGGCAAUGAACAGUCCGACAGCAGCUACUUCAGCAAACCAUGCAGCAGCUCACAAUCAUCAUACCACGGCCAGCCCUGCUGUACAGACUCCUGCCAGUGCAUCACCCUACACGCCUCACAGCCUGCCUACGCACUCUAGUCCCGAAGAUGGAAGAGACUCGCACCUCGAGAAGAUCAAGAAAUACAUGCCCAACUACCUGCCGCUCUCCGGGCAGUCGAUGAAAUUCUCCUUCGCCCCAACAAGCGAGCUCGCACUGAAAGCUUUUGGCGCCCAGGCCUUCCCCUCAGCGCACACUGGUCCCAACUUGCCUAAUCGUGGACCCAUGAGCGCGAAUCCUAACUACGCCACAUCCGCUCACGCACAUACGCCCAACGGUGUUGCUCGCGCGCCUGUCGUUCCCUCUAAUGGCCCAGGAGGCGGGAAGGACGAAGUCAAUGGCAACGGGACCGCAUCUCAACGAUCCCACAACAAUUCUUUGGCGUCUGCUUCGCCUGCUUAUCCCAUGCCUAAGAGCAUGGACAAGUCCAAUGGCGCCCACUCUCCGGCCGGCGACGAUUCGGACAGCGGGAUUAUUGUGCACUCUGACGCUAUGGUUAUUGAUGGGUAGUCGUGGAAGUUUGCUACGGGGGCCCGUAUAAUACAAGGCAUGCUUGACGGUGCGUGCCCUUGGACGGACGGACGGACGAGGCUAAUAUUGGAGGCGGUGCUGCUCGUGAUUGACAUUGGACUCGGGACAGAUUUACAGUGUAUUGCUAGACCAUUCCGGCUCGGUAAGGUAGGUCAGGUAGUUGCUGUACUUUUAGGCCGAUAUGAUGAAUUGAAUCAUUUUGGAAC